AUGGGAUCCGCAAUUGAUUGGUCUUUACGUCCUACCUUUUCGCAAGAACAAUUGGUGCAAUAUUUUGACAGGAUUAGUCUUCCUAAAAAAUGGCGAGAGUCUUCGGUCGUGAAGGAGCGCGCUGGAGCUGAUAGUGAGGACUCUCUUGUCUUUCUGAAAGCGCUUCAGCGGUAUCAUGUGGCAGCCGUGCCAUUUGAAAACCUCAACUUGCAUUAUUCGGUUCAACGCCAUAUCUCUAUAGAUGUGCAAAAGAUCUUCGAGAAGAUCGUGACGUCUAACUCCGAGAGGGGCGGUUACUGCAUGGAGAACAAUACUCUAUUCGGUACGGUCUUACGGAGCCUGGGCUACAAUGUUACCUCGGUCGGGGGAAGAGUGAACGAAGCUGCGCAGCCAGUGGCAGCCUCUAAGAACUGGAGAGGACCGAAAUACGAUGGCUGGAACCACAUGGUCAACCUCGUUAAAAUCGGCGGAGAGAAGUACUUGGUAGACGUGGGGUUCGGGUCAAAUGGGCCACACCAACCUAUACCAUUGACUCCAGAGUUCAAAUUCCACAAUGUGGGUGAACAAUAUGGGCGCCUUAUGUAUGGUCCAAUCACCCAGCAUACUAGCAAGGAUCAAUCCCUUUGGCAGUAUGAGAUCUGCAAUGGGGGCGGAGACUGGGCUCCCGCUUAUUCAUUCACGGAGACCGAGUUCCUCCCUGAGGACUUUACGAUGAUCAACUAUUACAUGAGCACUAGCCGUGAUAGUUGGUUUACCUUCUAUGUUGUGUGUGUUCGGAUGAUCCUGGAUGAGACAGGCGACAACGUCGUGGGUGAUUAUACAUUAUUCAACGACUCGUUGAAACAGCGUCUAGGUGCCACGUCUGAGGUUUUACGGACCCUGAACUCGGAUGAGGAGCGCGUGGCAGCGCUGGCCAAGGCAUUCAAUAUACACAUAGGCCAGACUGAUAGAGAUAGCAUCCGCCGCACUAUUUCGGAAAUUUUGUAG